AUCUGAACCAGCUCUUCCGUUUGUGCUUGGGAGCACGGCGACAGGGGCGGAGUACGGAGCCGUCUCCGCCCUCAGCAUCACCCACGACUGCACCCGCCUGCUCUGUGGCUUUGCCAAGGGACAUAUCACCAUGUGGGAUCUGGCCAAUGGGAGCUUCUGCGAACCAUUACCGACGCCCCACCCACCCGGCACCGCCAUCUUACAUGUCAAGUUCACCGAUGACCCUACGCUGGCAGUGUGCAACGACAGCGGUGGCUCUGUGUUUGAGCUGGCUUUCAGGUAAUACUCAUUUGUCUCCUCAGAGAUUGUGUGUGUGUGUGAAGUUACCUGCAGUGACUGACAGGGGGCAGUAUUGCUCUGCAGACACUAGGAGUGAUGUGCUGGUUGACUCAACAUGCAGUCCCCGCGGACACUGUGGGCGGGUGGGUUUAGGGCCAUGUAAUAUUGUGUGGAUGAAGGGCGGGUGGGUGGCGUGCGGGUUGAAUAAAGGGAAAACAAUGCAUAAAAAAAUCCAUAAAUGUAUAAUUAGUUUGCAUAUCUAUCGGCUACAUUGAGUUUUAUCUUUCCUUGUGUCUAUCUGGCAUUAGUGUGUAAGCAUCAC